CUUACAGUAUUAGCUACUUAUUGUUUUUGUAGACAUCGUGAAUAUUUUUGAAUUGUACUUAGUUUUUAUACUUUUCUUUUGUAUAUAAGCUUAUAUAGAUUUUAUUCCUGAAUGUACAAGUUACAAAUUUCUUCGUAACGCGCCAUGAGCAUAGGAAUGGCGUUAUAUAAAUAACAAUUAUCAUUAGUUACUAUUAUUAUUACUGACUGUAAUCAGAAGUUAUAAACUUCCACUGGUAUUAUUUUCCUCCAGCUCAAAUUUUGUUCUGUCUCGCAUACAACGAAUCAACCACGUUCAACCAUUCAAGGUGUGGCCUGGCCUCCUUGUCAUUUCAGUCUGUCGUCAUUUGGGUUGUCACCCAACGCUUCACCCCUCCAUACUUUGAGCCUCUUUGGACUCGUCACGGCAUCAUUGGGAAGGAGUGCAUGACGAUCUAUAAGAACGUCUACGGGAGGUUGCAUUUUGCCCAAUCACAGCUUGGCUCGUUUCUUGUAACUGACACAUAACGCAAUCUCAUUUCCCAAAAUGGUGGACGAUCAGGCUGCUGCGUUGAAACAACGUGCGAUCGAGGCGAUCGACCAGCGUUCUUCUGAGUUGUACGAUCUAAACAAAAGAAUAUGGAAAAAUCCAGAGCUAUCUUUUAAAGAGUCAUUUGCUCAUGAUCAACUGACGGAGUUUUUAGCGGCGCAAGGUUUCCAUGUGACGCCCCAUUACACUCUGGAUACAGCGUUUCGUGGUGAAUACGGUGAAGAUGGAGGUCUAACAAUUGGUCUGAUUAGUGAAUAUGACGCUUUACCAGAAGUAGGACAUGCUUGUGGACACAAUCUGAUCGCUGAAUCAGGCGUAGCUGCUGCUUUAGGUCUCAAGAUUGCUUUGGAAUCAGCCAAACAGAAGCCAAAAGUGAAAAUAGUUCUUCUUGGAACUCCUGGCGAGGAAGCGGGAGGUGGCAAGAUUCUGAUGAUCAACAAUGGAUGUUUUAAAGAUAUCGACAUCUGCAUGAUGGUGCAUCCUUGCCCUGGAGAUGUACUUAAGCCAUCAAUUCUAUCAGAGCAAGAUGUAAUUGUAACAUACAAGGGACAUGCUGCUCAUGCUGUGGCUUUCCCUUGGGAAGGAAUCAAUGCUCUUGAUGCAACAGUCAUGGUUUAUGACAACACAAGUGUGUUACGACAGCAGAUGAAGCCUACAUGGCAAGUUCAUGGAAUAAUAUCUGAGGGUGGAGUAAAACCUAAUAUCAUUCCUGAUCGAGCCCAGUUAAUAUACAAUAUCAGAGGGCCAAAUGAUGAUGAGAUGAAUAUAGUUUCAGAAAAGGUCACAAGCUGCUUCCAAGCUGCUGCAUCAGCUACAGGGUGCCAAGUUUCUAUUGAGUGGAUAUCUCCUCGUUACUCAAAUCUGGAUACCAACCACACCCUUGCUCAACUCUACCAAGCAAAUGCAGAGUCAUUGGCAGUAACAUUUCCGACUCAAGAAGACUUUCCAGCCUCAACUGACAUGGGAAAUGUCUCCCACAUAGUUCCAUCAAUACAUCCCAUGUAUUCCAUUGGCACAACAGCUCCAAAUCACUCUCACGCAUUUACAGCAGCAGCAGUCACAGAAGUUGCUCAUGAGAAAACUUUGAUUGCAAGCAAGGCGAUGGUUAUGACAGCCAUUGAUGUGUUGUGCAAUAAGGAUCUGAUUGACAAAGUGCGGAAUGACUUUAUGACAUCACAUAACACAAGUAACAAGUGAAAUUGUGAAAGAAAUUGAACAAUGCAGGUUUAAAGCCAUUCAGCAAGCUGAACAAAAUAGCAUUAAUUUCCUUUUUGAGGGAAUGACAAUACUAAAUUUAUAAAAUUCUGUCCACCAAAUAAGAAGAUAAGGGAAUAACCCAGAUCCAGAGACAUGUUUGUUUUUCAAUUAUUUAAAUCAUAUGUUUUUAAAUUAUUUCCGUACUGCAAGGUCCCAAUAAGUUAUGUCCAAAAACAGAAUGGCAGUUUUCCCGGUUUUUAACACUACUUUCAAUUGAUGGAUUUUCUAUCACUGAUAAUUACUGUGGAGAUUAACAGAUUAUUUGAAUUUACACAGUCAAGUGGGUAAUGUAACAAUUUAUGCCAAAAUACAGGACAGAUUAUUUUUUUAUUUCACGCCAAAAAUUGUUAUCAUUUUUUCUGUUUUAUACUGACCUUUCAGGGGUGUAG